GGCGGCGGUAUGAAGUCGCGUCGGGACAGGCUGAAGAUCCCCUCGCUGACCUUGGACUUGUCUCCGAGCAGCCAGAGCCCGACGCUGCUGAGCCCCUGCAGCCCCUGCAGCCCCUGCAGCCCCUUACUAACCCUGCACCCCUGGAGUUGCCGAAGCAGCAAUAGGAAGAGUUUAGUGGUGGGCACCCCCUCCCCGACCCUCUCACGGCCUCUCUCCCCGCUCUCYGUGCCAACAGCUGCCAGCAGUCCCUUGGACAGCCCACGCAAUUUCUCUGCCAGCACCUCCCUCAACUUCCCCUUCGCUCGCAGCCAUGCUCCUCGGACUGACAGGGCUGAUGGCAGAAGGUGGUCACUGGCUUCGUUACCCUCCUCUGGCUAUGGGACCAACACCCCCAGCUCCACGGUCUCGGUUCCAGAUGUUUGGGAUUUUCAGUUUUUCUUGGCUGUGAGUUUCUGUUUGGGGCUGAUUGGGUUUGGGGACCUGGGUCUGUGGGAGGUCAACCUUCCCUGGACCACACCCAAGGGCUGGGAGUGCUGGCCCAAGGCUGAUGGCUCCACGUGGAUGAGCUUUGACCCCCUGGAAUCACAAGGAGGAGGGAACRAACUGCUCUCUGUGGUCAGUGAAUAUUUGCAUAGAUGCAAAACCUCGAAAUGCCUCUGCUUUCCUCCCUCCCCRCGCAGCCCUGGACGGACGAGCGGAACGUUCGAUAAUGAGGUGGUGAUGAUGAACCAUGUCUACAAGGAGAGGUUCCCCAAGGCCACAGCCCAGAUGGAGGAGCGGCUGCAGGACACCAUCAGGAACUUCGCCCCAAGCAGCACCCUGCCCCUGGCUGACGGCGUGCUGGGCUUCAUCCACCACCAGAUCAUCGAGCUGGCCCGUGACUGCCUGGCCAAGUCCCAGGGAGCUCUCAUCACCUCCCGCUACUUCAUGGAGCUGCAGGAGAAACUGGAGAAAAUGCUCCGAGAUGCUCAGGAGCGCUCCGAGAGUGAGGAGGUGAAGUUCAUCGACCAGUUGGUGAGGAAGCUGCUGAUCAUSAUCUCCCGCCCUGCUCGACUCCUGGAGUGUCUGGAGUUCGACCCAGAGGAGUUUUACCAUCUCCUGGAAGCUGCAGAAGGACAYGCCAAGGUCGGGCAGGGCAUAAAGACCGACAUUCCCCGCUACAUCAUCAGCCAACUGGGGCUCGUCAAGGACCCUCUGGAGGAAAUGGGGCAGCUGGAUCACUUCGACAGCGGGAACACCAUCACGCCGGAGAAUGACGAUACCUGUGAGAGCCAGCCUUCAGUCGCCGUCCCGCGGAGGAAGCCCUGYGARGGCGACUUCGAGACCAUCAARCUGAUCAGCAACGGRGCUUACGGGGCCGUGUACCUGGUGAGGCACAGGGAGACACGGCAGCGCUUCGCCCUCAAGAAGAUCAACAAGCAGAACCUGAUCCUGAGGAACCAGAUCCAGCAGGUGUUCGUGGAGAGGGACAUCCUCACCUUCGCYGAGAACCCCUUCGUGGUCAGCAUGUUCUGCUCCUUCCAGACCCGCCGCCACCUCUGCAUGGUCAUGGAGUAUGUAGAAGGAGGGGACUGUGCCACCCUGCUSAAGAACAUGGGCCCUCUGCCCGUCGACAUGGCCAAGAUGUACUUUGCUGAGACCGUCCUUGCCCUGGAGUACCUGCACAACUAYGGCAUCGUSCACCGYGACCUCAAACCUGACAACUUGCUCAUCACCUCCAUGGGCCACAUCAAGCUGACGGACUUCGGCCUGUCCAAGAUUGGCCUGAUGAACAUGACCACCAACCUCUACGAGGGGCACAUGGAGAAGGACACGCGAGAGUUCAUGGACAAGCAGGUGUGCGGCACCCCGGAGUACAUCGCCCCCGAGGUCAUCCUCAUCCAGGGCUACGGCAAACCCGUGGACUGGUGGGCCAUGGGCAUCAUCCUCUACGAGUUCCUGGUGGGCUGCGUGCCCUUCUUCGGAGACACCCCCGAGGAGCUCUUUGGCCAGGUCAUCAGUGAUGAAAUUAUGUGGCCAGAAGGGGACGAGGCUCUUCCCUCAGACGCCCAGGACCUGAUCACGCGGCUGCUGAGGCAGUGUCCCCUCGAGCGCCUGGGCACGGGAGGUGCCCACGAGGUGAAGCACCAUUCCUUCUUCCUCCACCUGGACUGGAACGGGCUGCUGCGGCAGAAGGCUGAGUUCAUCCCCCAGCUGGAGUCGGAGGAUGACACCAGCUACUUCGACACUCGCUCCGAGAGGUAUCGCCACCUGGAUUCGGAGGAUGAGGAAACCAACGAUGAGGAGUCAUCAGUGGAGAUCGGGCAGUUCUCCUCCUGCUCCCACCGCUUCAGCAAGGUGUACAGCAGCUCAGAAUUCCUGGCGGUCAACUCCACCCUCAGCCUGUCCUCCUCGGAAAAGAGUCACUGYGAUGACAAAGAGGAGCGCUGGGACCGGCACUCGGGAGAUGAGGACAAGGGCCGGCCGGCGGGCGCUGAGCCCCGCCUCCGUUCCUGGACGUCCGGCAGCGUCACGCCGUACAGCUCCCGGCACGAGCGCAGCCGCAGCCCCACGGCGCUGCCCAGCACCCUCAGCCUGGACACCAUGCCCAAGUUUGCCUUCUCYUCGGAGGAUGAGAGCCCUUGUGUGGCGUCCUCCAAGCCAGAGAGACCCAAGUUUGUGGUGGGAGACUCGGACGUGGGGACCGGCGGUGCGGUGAAGCAGUCGGCGCUGUCCGCCGAUCUCGUCAGCCUGAACCGCAUCCGCCUGCGGAGCAACAGCACKGGCACCAAGAACGCGACUCCCCGGAGCCUGGAGCCGAGCGGGGGCCGCCGGCUGAGCACCCAGAAGGACCUGCCGGAGCGGCAGAGAGCCUCGCUGGGCAGCCGGGUGCCCAAAUCCGCCUCUGUCUCAGCCCUGUCCCUCAUCAUCACCUCAGAUGACUUYGGUGGYGGYGCCCUGAUGAGCCCCAUCUCCCCYCACUCCCUCUCRUCCAACCCCUCUUCCCGGGACUCRUCCCCGAGCAGAGAUUCCUCRCUGGCCAUCGCCAGCCUGCGGCCRCCCAUCAUCAUYCACAGCUCRGGCAAGAAGUACGGCUUCACYCUGCGAGCCAUCCGCGUCUACAUGGGCGACAGUGACGUUUACACCGUCCACCACAUGGUCUGGAGCGUGGAGGAGGGGAGCCCUGCACAGGAAGCCGGGCUGAGGGCGGGCGAUCUCAUCACKCAYGUGAACGGCGAGUCCGUGCUGGGUUUGGUCCAUCGGGAUGUCGUGGAGCUGCUGCUCAAGAGCGGGAAUAAAGUGGCCCUGAGGACCACUGCCCUGGAGAACACCUCCAUCAAAAUCGGCCCUGCACGGAAAAACAGCUCCAAGACGAGGAUGGCACGGAGGAGUAAAAAGAGCAGGAAAAGGGAUGGCCAAGACAGCAGGAGGAAAUCCCUUUUCAAGAAGAUCUCCAAGCAGUCGUCGGUGCUGCACACAAGCCGCAGCUUCUCCUCCGGCCUCCAUCACUCGCUGUCCUCCAGCGAGAGCCUCCCGGAGUCCCCCACGCACAGCCUGUCCCCGGGUCCCACCACGCCGUGCCGCAGCCCCGCUCCCGACCUGCCCUCAGAUGCUGUGUCCCCUCAGAGCACCUCUCCCUCCUCCAGCACCCCAACGUCACCCGCCGGCCACGUGCGCCCCAGCUCCCUGCACGGGCUGGCCCCCAAACUGGGUGGGCAGCGCUACAAAGUGGGACGUCGCAAAUCCACCAGCAGCAUCCCCCCCUCUCCCCUGGCCUGCACCCCUUCCUCGGCCCAGCGCCCGCCUUCCCCACAGCGCUCCCCGUCUCCGCUCCCCGGGUACCCCAAAACCCCCCAUUCCUUCCAGGGCAAGACCCUGUCCCCCCCCACCAUCGUCCGGCAGAGCUCCCGGCCCCGCAGCGCCGACUGCCCCCGCUCCCCCCUCCUCAAGCGCGUCCAGUCGGCCGAGAAGAUCGUCACCAUCCUGGCCGAGAAGAAAUCCGCCGGCGGCCGCAAGCUGGGGCUGGAGAUGUCCACGCUGGAUGGGGAGGCCCUCGGGGAGGGCGACGCGCUGCCGUACCCCGGGGAGCACGGGUACCACCCGUCCAGCUCCCGGCUGACAGAGCGGCACGACCGCGACCAGGAGAUGGUGGUGAUGCGGCGCCUGAACCUGUCCGAGCGCCGGGACUCCUUCAAGAAGCAGGAGGCGGUGCAAGAAGUGAGUUUUGACGAGCAGGAGACGGCGGCGGGAGGCGAAGACGGCGGCAAGAGCGAGGAAGGGCAGGGCACGGCUGCCCAGGAGCCGCCGCCGCCGCCCAAACCGAARCCCGGCACGGUGCCGCAGAUCGCGGUGCAGGGCUCGGAGAGCGACGAGCAGGAGCCGGCGGUGGCCGAGUGGGAAUGCCAGGGCUCCUACCCCAUCAGCAGCGCCGAGCAGCCGAGCGGCAGCAYCUCCUUGCCGUGGUGGGACGGCUGCGAGCACCGGGACCGUGGCUCCCAGCAGCAGCGGAACUGCGGGGAGGGAUCCGCCGGCCACUGGCAAACGCCGGCACAGGGCCAGGAGCCACCAGGCGCUCAUCUCCCGGCUCCCCGGGGCACGUGGAGCGGGGCCAAGCACGCCUGAGCCACACGCUGGCACCAGGGGUGGCUCGGUGGCAUCCCGGUGCCUCCCCAACGCCCCGUCCUGUGCGGCAAAUCCGCGAGAGAAACGUCCCCGGAGCCGCUCUGGACAUUGGCGCUGCCCCGGCUCUUGGMGCCCCGGGAAGGCUUUUUGUACUCCCUGAAAGAUGCUCAUAUUUUUAUAGAGACGCAGGAGCUUUUCCGGCGGCGGCGUUUCCCCAGCUGGGCCCCCCCGACCUCUGUGUACAGAAAGGACUCGAUGCAAAUAUUCCUUAAUUAAUUUAUUACUUUUUAUAAGCUAAAACGGGCAGUGCAGGACCGUCGCAGGGGCCAACCCAGCUCUGGGAGUCCCAGCCUUUUCCGUGCGUCUCCCAGCUCCCAGCCCACUGUUUUCUAACCCACUUGCUUUUCCGUACUUUUUAACUUCAAUUCUAGCUGGAAACACCCYGGAUCUCCUAAGAAACCCGUAAUUCUAAUAUUUAAAAUUAAAACARAACCCCAAACCCACAGCAACAUCCCCAAAAUGCUGGCGCUCCGGGCUGGGAUGCAGAGGGAGGGCAAUUCUUUGCAUAU